AUGGGAUUUGUUAAAUCGUGUGCUAAGAAAUUUGGCAUCGAUUCGACAGGGGUCAGUGUUCGUGAAGGUUUCGGGACCAAUAAAGUUUGUCAAGGCACCAGUGAUAAACAAGGUGCAGGCGAUAUUUGGGAGGACAUGCCUGAGUUGGGUUUGGGGCUCGUCCUACCUCCACAGAGUGACGCCGAAGACAUGAUUGGGUCGGGUUCGGGGAAGGCCCAACAUACAUUGAGUGAUUCCAAAGAACUGCCCUGA